AUGUCGAAGGUGUUGUCCGUAGAGCUUAGAGACAGUAUUGUGUCGCGGCACAGAUGUCUCCCAACUUGGACCAGGUAUGCUGUGUGUGUAACUUUAACUCCCUCUUGUCCCACAAGCAGCUAUAAAAGCAGCUCUAAAUGUAAUCUUCUUCAUCAUCUCUCAUUCCACCUCGUUCCCCAGGUGAUCAGAUGUACCCAGGUGAACUGUACCUGUCAGUGUUUCAGACCAGCCAAGACCAACCUCAGGAUAUGUGACCACUGUAGACAUGGCUGGGUAGCUCAUGCGUUGGACAAGCUCUUCCAGCCCGCCCAGCCCCUGCUCUCUGCUACCCAGGUAGAGGUGGCCCAUCCUGGGGUAGUAUUUGACCUGGCCUCCCUGGUCCUUUAUGGAGCCACGGCUCUCCCCAUCAGACUGAAGAUCCUAUUAGACAGACUGCUCAGUGUACUGACCCGGGAUCAGGUUCUAUACAUUCUAAACAGUCUGGGAUGGACCCUUCAAGACUACUGUAGAGGAUACAUACUGCAGAACUCUUCCGGCAGCGUAUUGGAGCAUUGGACAGUGGUCUGUCAUAAGGAAGAGAUUGUGACUCUACAACAGUUCCUGAGGUUCGGAGAAACGCGGACAAUCGUAGAGCUCAUGACCUUUCAGGACUCACUGGGAAAUGACCUCUCUGAUCCCUCCUCUUCCCGGACGGUCUCCAACAUCCAAGCGUUCAUUGAGAGCAACAGGCAGGGCGGGCAUUUUGAGAUGGGCAGUCCUGUGAGUGUUCACCAUUUCGAGAAAGGUAGCCCUGCUAGCAUCCACCAUUUUGAGAAUUUUCCUGCCAGUCUCUCUAUGCUCCUCCCAUUCCAGUUCCAUAGCCCCUCCCCCUUGCAGGGUUUGGCCCCUCCCACCAGGCUGGGUGGACUACGGAGGCCCGGGAGGGUCAAACAGAGCGAAGGACCACAGCACCAGUCAGAAAGCAGCGUGUCUGAGUCUGGGUCUCCAUAUGGUAACCUGGUGAGUCCGGUACCGGCUGCCGUUAACGGUCUAGGAGGAGAAAUAGGAAACGGAACUGGGACCAAGACGAUGGAACCUAAACCUGAACACAACGAGUCACCGACGAGGUCGUCGUCAGGGCAGCCACACCGUGACCACGACCAGCAGCAGCCGGUCGGUAACCAUGACGAUCAACGCCUCCACCGUUGUCGACUCAGUUACCUAGUAACCAACCCUGAGCUACAGAAGAAGAACUUCGACAGCAACAACACCUCCUCCCUCUCUUCCUCCUCCUCCCUCUCUUCCUCCUCUCCAUCCUCCUCCUCCUCUCUUUCUAUGCUGGCCCAGAGCCUGUUCCGUGUAGUGUCCCGCCCCUCCUCAUCCUCCUCCCUCCGUAACGACAGGCUCUUCCCUGAUGUGUCCUCUCCCCCCUGCUCCUCCUCCCUCCCCAAGGGCUGGCUCUUCCCUGACGUGUCCUCUCCCCCCUGCUCCUCCUCCCUCCCUAAGGGCUGGCUCUUCCCAGAGGUCUCGCCCUCCCUCCGUAAGGGCAGGGUUUGCUGUGGUGCCUGCGACAAGAGCUUCUAUGACAAAGGAACCUUGAAGAUCCACUACAACGCGGUACACCUGAAGAUAAAGCACAGGUGCACUGUGGACGGGUGUGGUAUGGUGUUUAGCUCACUGAGGAGCCGCAACAGACACAGCGCUAACCCCAAUCCCAGAUUACACAUGGAUACACUUAGACACUCACCAACACCACACAGGGAGACCGCAAACACACACACACGACACACACACACCUGGAGUCAACACACACACACCUGGAGUCAACACACACACACCUAUGACAAACUCCAUAAACAACAGAGGUGCCACAACACAGCCGCAGCCGUACCCCUAAACCACACCCAGCAUCCACAACAGCAACGACAACACACCCCUCUGACUCACCUUUCAAACCCCACCCCAGCCCUCCACGCAGAGCCAGACAAACCCUCCAGCCCAGACCCCCACAGGGGGCCCAUCUUCCCCAGGACAGGGCAUCCCUCAGUGGGCAUCACUGCUCCUCUGUCCUCCUUCCAGACCCAGCUAUUGGUUUCUACUCUGGGAGAAGUCCAACCACUGUCUCAGUUCUACCGUGCUACACGACAGACCUCCCCUCUUCCCUCUUCCUUGUCUCUGUUGGACCAAUUGGCUUCUUCCUCCGGGUCAGUGGGAGGGGCCAAGGUUCUCGGAUCAUCCAAUCAAGGAGGUUGGUGUACUUCAGCUGAUCCCGCCCCCAAGAAGAAACCCCGGAAGUCUAGCAUGCCUCUUAAGAUGGAGAAGAAAGUAACUGUCUCAACGGAGGAGUGCAGACGACAGGGGGAGGAAGAGGAGAGAGAGGAAGAGGAGGGAGAAGGUAAUAGGACUGAGGCUGUUUAAACAGGUCGCUAGGCAACGAGGGACUCCAACUUCACAAACUGUUCUGGAACAGAGACGCCAUAAGGGAGGAAGACGGAGUGGAUGAGAGACAGAACAUGAGAGAAUGAGGAGGAGGAGGAUGGAUGAGAGACAGAACAU